AUGUUAUCAUUUCUAUUCUAUCUUCAUAGUGAAGUUUAGUUUCUACUCUUAAUUUAAGGUUAUCUACAAUUCUUUUUAAUAGUUUCCACUUAGAUUUUGAUUCUACAAAAUCAAGAAUCCCUUUACGCAUCAAUAUAUCUUACAUACUUUUAAAAUCACAUCCUAAGAGUUUUAGAAAUGACUAAUUCAUACCAUUUCCAAUCAUCUUAAAAGUCAUGUCAAAGUAAUCAAAGCUGUAAUCUACAAACAUAUAGUAUUUAUCUUUUGGCAGAUGACUUAAUACUUCCUUUCUAAGCAGCAUAAAUUCUUAUCUCUUUGCUGCAAUAAGCUAUGAAGUUAUAUUAUUUAUACUUGUAUAUUUCAUAAUUUGCGAUUUAACUUCUGAGUGUUUUUAUUGGACUAUUUCAUGCUUUUCUAUUUUUUCUCCUAAAUCAUAUAUAUCUUCAUCAUUAUAGUUUUUUAGAAGCUUAGCUACUCUUUAAUGGUCAUCGAAUUACUUCGAGUCUAUUAAAUAAUCUACAUAUAAAAAGCCAUAUUCCUUAACAUAUGUUGCACUACGAACUUAUUUGA